ACAAAAAAAAAGUUAAGGUGGUGGUUCUUCGUCGGAGGCUCCGCAGCUCUCACUUCUCUCUUUCUCCGAGCAGCGUGCGCUGAGCACGAGACGCUCUCGCGGCGGCACGUGCAGCUAUAAAAGCAGCGGUAACCGGAGACGCAGGCAACAUUUCCAACGCAAUCGUCGUGCAGUCAACAUCUCAGGAUAACCUCCUCCGAAAGAUCGAAGAAGUUCUUCAACAGGUCAUUCUUCAAGUUAACGAAACACACAACAUAAACAAAACCAAACACAAUGGCCACCAAAUACGAGAUGUCCAAAACCUAUCAGUACCGCAAGGUGAUGAAGCCUUUGCUGGAGCGGAAGCGUCGUGCCAGGAUCAACAAGUGCCUGGACGAGCUCAAGGAUCUGAUGGCCGAGUGCGUCGCCCAGACUGGCGAUGCCAAAUUCGAAAAGGCCGACAUUCUGGAAGUAACCGUGCAGCAUCUCCGCAAGCUGAAAGAGUCUAAGAAGCAAGUUCCAGCCAAUCCCGAGCAAAGUUUCCGUGCUGGAUACAUCCGGGCAGCCAACGAAGUGUCCCGCGCCCUGGCCUCCCUUCCCCGCGUGGAUGUGGCUUUUGGCACCACACUGAUGACCCAUCUGGGCAUGCGUCUUAACCAACUGGAGCAGCCCAUGGAACAACGACAGGCCGUCAACACUCCGCUCAGUAUCGUCUGCGGAUCCAGCUCGAGCUCCAGCUCAUACUCCAGUGCCAGCUCCUGCUCCUCCAUCAGUCCCGUUUCCAGUGGAUAUGCCAGCGACAACGAGUCCCUGCUCCAGAUCAGCAGCCCCGGUCAGGUGUGGCGCCCCUGGUAAACUAGAGAUCCACUUCGAAGAACUGAACUCCCGACGGGCAAUCGCGCAAUUGGAACCGCAGCUUUAGAAAAAAUGCUUUACAAUGAUCCUCAUUUAUUUGUUACGUUACCAAGUUUUAGGUUUCUAAGUUAAGUCUGUGAUAGGGCACGCUUUAUUAACUUUUGUCUUAAAUCAAUCGAGCAGAAGUCUGUUUUUUACUCUACAUAUAUACAAAUGUUUACCAGCUAAGAGAUCUCAAGAACACAACAUGAAAAGAUA